UCACAGCACUUUUACUUUUUACUGAGCCAGAAAGAAAGAGGAUAAAUCUACAUCUACAGUUUAUAUUUAAUAUUAUUUGGUUAUUGUUUUAUAACCAAAUAAUAUCUUGGUUAUAAAAACAAUUUCCGAUUUCAGUGGCAAUUGUUUUGUGAUAUAUUUGUAGCUGCAAGUAGGAUUUCUUAAUGCAUUUGAUCCACAGCAGGGGGCGCUGUUGCUAGAAGAGAACUGAUGAAAACAAGCUUCAACAUAAAAACUGAAAAUAUUCAUUUUGUUGCCAUAGUUUAAUAAUAAUCCUGGUUUGAAUUUUAAAGUAGAGCUUUGGAAUAACCAGCUUGAUAUUUGUUCAUGCAUGACAUCAUUUAACUAAAACUUUACAUAGAUUGUAAAUAAUGAACAAAUAACAAAGAUGCAAAAUAACAGAACAAGAAAAUCAGGAGGAUUUUUCCCUUUGUAACUUUUAUUUUUAAUGAAACAGCUGGAAACGUGAUUUUAUUGAAGUAAAUGAGUGGAUUGAGUCAAACAUUAGAUCUCAUCAACAUGCUCACACGGUGGUGGAGGAAUCAUGACCGGGGACUCUGCAGCUUCUCAACAUUGCUGUCACUACGUUGACUUAAAAGUAGACAAUAUACAACAGGAAUGAAGAUUUUGCAGUGGCCCAGUCAAAGUAAAACAUUUGAGGCUUUGGAACUGAUGGAGUAACAUUUUAAUCUCUACCUGUACAGACAGACAUGAUCGCAUUCAACUGUUUCCGAAGGGAAAUUCAACUGGAACGUUUUUAAAAAUAUGUUAUAACCACCAGAAAAGUGAUUUCGACAUCCAUCCAGCAGGGGGAGCUGUUCGGCAGUAAAUUCGCUGACAUUUCAUUUGAGAAACAUCUCAUCCACUUUCAUUGAUUUACAGAAAAGACGCAUUAGCUUUAAUUGGACUGCAGGUUGUUGAAGGAGAAAAUUCUCCUGCUGACUGAACAUUUCAGUGUCACAGAAACGGUUUUAACGGAUUUAGCAUCAAAUUCUCCACCUAAACAUUAUUAUUAUUAUUAUUAUUAUUAUUAUUAUUAUUAUUAUUAUUAUUAUUAUUAUUACAUAGCUUGGAAACCAGAAUGUGCAGAAAUCCUGUUAAUGCAUUCAAGAAAAUAAUAAAUUAAUCUUUUAAUUAAGCUAAGGAGUUAAUUAAUGAUCGAUUUGAGUCCGGAUCUUCAUUUGUUUAGAGGUUCUGCCUGAUAUAGAUGGAGUUGCUUGUAAUUUGUCCGAAUUGCUUGUUGGUUCUGGUUGCUGCACAUCCUGCUGGGUCAACCUGGUCCCGGUUCAGCACCAAGGACAGCAACUCGCUUCACAUAGAAACACAGAAACAAACCAGCAUUUUGUGUUUUAUUUCAGAAUUUAUCAUCCAUUUAUGUUUUUUUAUAUAUUUUUCUUCCCGCCCAACUUUCUGCAUUCUGGGAGGUUCUGCAAAGCCAUUGUUCCACCAAACAGCCGGAGUUCCGCCUGCAGGGCGUAGACGCGAAGUCCAGUCUAGAGGAGGAGGAGGAGGAGUCCAGCGGUCAGUGUCCGGCUUUGUGUCCGGAGACACGGCCCGGCUGCAGCCGCCGCGCCCCGGAGGAGAAGAAGAGCAGGAGGGAAACUUGAAGCAACAGAGUGAAUGAAAGAGCGCAGCGAACUGGGCGUCAACUGCUGAGGAUUUUAUUAAAAAGGUGAUCACUGGGCCUGACAGGAUCCCGAUCGAACCGAGCCGGUAACUAUGGACCAGAUGGCAGCGGACGAGGUGAAGCAUCCAGACCGCAGCGACAACCUGCCGCAGAUCACCGCGGAAAACUGCUACGAUCUGCUGGAAGAGGCGAAGCGCUGCGGCUCCGAGCGCGACAAGCAGCGGCUGCUGGACUUCAUGAGUGACCAGUACCUGCAGGUUCUGCGGAGCCCCGCCGUGUUCGGCCGGCUCACCGCCGCGGAGAGGGAGCUCAUCCUGGCCCGCAGGAUGGAGGGGCGGAAGGUGCUGGCGGUGGCCGAGACCUCCGAGGUGCUGGACAGCAGCCGCCCGCAGAGCCCGCAGCGGGAGGACCCCGCCCCGCGCCGGGUGUUCUGCCUCCACCCGGACUCCCAGCGCUGGGAGCUGCUGACCGUCCUGCCGGAGGAAGUCCCGGCUAAAGGCUCCGGGAUGUGCACCCUCUACAACUACCUGUUCGUGGCGGGAGGGAUGGGGACGCAGGACGGCCGCUCCACGGCGUCGGACCGGGUGUUCUGCUUCAACCCGCGGACCGGCCUCUGGACCCGGGUCCGCCCGCUGACGCAGCCGCGCUGCCAGCUGCGGCUGGUCUCCAUGGACGGACACCUGUACGCCAUCGGGGGGGAGUGUCUGUUCACCGUGGAGCGCUACGACCCGCGCGCGGACAGGUGGGCUCACGUGGCUCCGCUGCCCAGAGGCUCCUUUGCCGUCGCGCACGAGGCUGUUGCGUGCGGCGGCGCGCUGUUCGUGUCCGGCGGCUCGCUCUUCUACCGCCUGCUGCGAUACGACAGCCGCCGCGACGAGUGGGAGGAGUGUCCGUUCAACGAGAGCCGGCGGCGCUCCGCCGACAUGGUGGCGCACCGCAGCCUCAUCUACCGCUUCGACGUGGAGCGGGAGCGCGCGGCCGUGAGCGUGUACAGGUACAACACGCUGGUGAAGGUGUGGCUCGGCGGCGCGCGCUUCCCGCUCGACAACCCGCAGCCGUUCCGCUGUGCGGUGCUCGGAGACCGCAUCUACUGCGUGAGCCGCGGCCACGCGCUGCAGUUCGAGGUGCGUGAGGAGCGCGAGGGCUUCCUGUCGGAGGUGCUUCCGGGUCCCGCGGAGGCCCGCGGGUCCCUGGUACCGUUCGUCCUCAGCCUGGACAAGUGACCCGAACCGGGUCAGCCGCGGUGCCUUCCGCUGGGAGGUUGCUGGUUCGAGUCCCAGUUCAGUAAAAGUAUCAGUUAAUUUAACCAGUAAUUCAGUUCAAAAAGUGCAAUUUGUAAAUUAAAUACAUUCAUUUUGAUUAUUAUUGCUUACAGCUAAUAAAAACAUAUAUGUGUUAAUCAAUGAUAAUUUGGUUUAUCGCCUGAUAAAUUAUCUUUAUUGAGCAGAAAAAGAGGAAUAGAAUGAAAUAUAUUGAACAUAUAUUUUAAAAAAUGAGGACAACUAGAAAUAAAUAAAGGCAACAUUAAGAAAUAAAGUACGAUUUACAUGAAACAAAUAAACAAAAAUAAGUUUUAUAGAUGUGACGUCAAAUCACACAGCUUAGCAUUGGUUGUCUGUUUAUUAAAAUAUUAAGAGCCUUUUGAGGGCCGAAGAGCCCAAAACCUCUCAGGUCGACGGUGUCACAUCCUGAGGUAAUCUAAUCUGUGAUAAACAUGAACUCAUAAAUGUCUCAACAGAAAUGUAAGGCAUGCUCUGGUCCCACUGGGUUGACCAGAGCAAUUGCCUGGUUAUUGGUGGAAUAAAACGUUUUGGAUUUUUCCUGCUCUGGAGCACACAGGUGUGUCAACCACAUCCAGGUGAAAAGACAACCAGCAAUGCCUCUAGAGAAGCAACUGUUGCUGUCCAUCAAUCUUUGAAAGGCAGCAAAUACCCUCAAAAUCUACCGAAAAGUUGGUGGAGGUUUGAUGAUUUGGGAGUUUUUCCCAUCAGGACCAGAUUAGAUUAAGGGCUGUUUCUGCUUCCUGUCAGAUUAAACUAAAAUGAUGUCUUAGUUUUCAAGUCUUGAAUGUUUCACUCCGAUCCAACUGGAGAAUAAAGCUGCCUCCAGUAUUUAACUGGUUUGUGUCUCCUUCCUCUGAAUCUCUCCUCCUCUUCCUCAGGCUGGAAUCUGACGAGCAGAAACAGUUUUAUCCUUGGAGCUGUGAGUGAACGGCUGUGUUUCCUGCAGUCAGCGCGUUGCUUCCCUCAAACAGCCAACAGAGCUGCAGUGUCUCCGGCCUGAAUGGCUCUCUUUCAUAUUUCCUCUCCUCAGUUUAAUAUCCUGCAUGUGUCUGGAUUACUAAUGUGAUCCUGAGCUGCAACAUGAAGCAAUCGUCUGAGAGAAAAUAUAAUCCAGACAUAAAAUCCAACUUUUAGAGCUGAAAUUACAGAAACAUGAGAUUUGGAAAUGAUUGGAAAAUGUCUGAUUUUAUGAGUAUUUUAUGGAAAUCAAAUAUGGAUCAACUUUGGCUUAUAUUCUGUUGUUUAUGCUGAACUCUUAUAUCUUUAAAAUGUAUUUACUGCUUUUUAUCCAUAAAGUUUUUGUCACAUCCAA